UCUAAUCCCCUGGCCGUGCAACGCAGCACCGAAUUGCUCAAUUUGCCCAACGCAGCGGGCGGAACUGUGAACCUUGCCUCCUCGGACGAGUCCAGUUCCUCUAGUGCCAGUGACAACGACAACGACAGUGAAGAGCACCCUGUCAAAUCGCGUUCCCAUCUGCCUGUAGAGCAGGACAAGAAUGCCAUUACCGAUUCCCUGUCGGCCAACGAAUUCAAGCUKGACGACGACGACACUGUGACCAGUGUGCGUCGGCUGUUGCGCGAGGCCAGCAAGCAUAAGAAAUCCAAAAAGAAGGGUAAAAAGAAGAAAGACAAAGACAAGGAACGCAAGGAGAACAAGAAAUCUAAGUCAAAGUCAGCGGAUGAAGUUGAGCCACUCACAAGCACAGAGGCCGCACUCGAAAUGCUCAAGAAAAUUGAUCAUGCGGCGGCGUUCAGGAUCAUGAGCACCAGCAGCAGCGAUGCCCAGCGGAAGGCUCAGCUGCAAAUGUAUUUCAAGCAAAUGCAACGCCCAGAGACGCCCCCACCUCCGCCUGCGACUGCACCAACCACAUUGCGUAACCAACCAUCGUCAUCAGCGGGAGGAGCAGGAUAUAACCUGAUGAUGGGACCAAGCACUUCUAAAUAUGCGGCCACUGCAGCUGCCCACUUGGACGACGAUCACCCGCCGCCUGCGCCCAAAUACCAUAUGCAGCAACAGCAACAACAACAGCAGCAGCAGCAACAAAAGCUCUCUUUUCAAAUUAAGAAGCGUCCGCUGCAGAUGGACAAAUUCGGCUUGCUGCGUCUGGCCACGCCGCUUAGCUCGCAUUCACAGAGUCGCAGUCGUAGUCGUAGUCGUUCUCCCAGGCGACGCACGAGAAGCCGCUCUCGUGACCGACGCUCAUCGCGUCGGCGCGGCGGCAGCUCUCGUUCCCGCAGUCGUAGCAGGAGCCGCAACUCUCGAAGCCGCUCGCGCUACUCGAGAUCGAGAAGACGACGCACUCGUAGCCGUAGUCGGAGUCGCAGUCGGAGUCGCAGCUAUUCGCCCGUUCGUUAUGGCGGCGGAGGACAGCGCUACAGAGGACGUGGAUUCAAGCAACGCUUUGGAAAUCGUCGCUCUCGCUCACGUUCCUAUGGCCGAGCACGACGCACGCCGUCGCCGUUCGUGCCGCGUCGUACACCGUCGCCGUUUGUGCAGCGUCGAACGCCUUCGCCCUUUGUGCCACGCCGCACACCAUCGCCAGCCUCACGCUACCGACGCACUCGCUCUCGCUCACGCAGCUACAGUCCACGACGCCAUCAUGGGCCCAUGCGUUAUACACCGCGCGGUCGGGGGCGUGGCCGUGGACGCUUUCAGAAUCGCUGGCACUUCGACAAGCGGAACAAUGGUCGGCGGUUUAGUCCUACACGGAGCGUAAGUCCACCCGGAGACGGGCCCACCAUCGAGGAGGUGGACGAAAUGAUCAAAGAAGCACAAAAGGAGCGCAAACAAGGCAUUAUUGAGAGCGACAAGGAUAUACUAAAAAAGAAAGCCACAAACACAGGCAGCGACAAGGCCUAAAUAUUCAACUACAGUCGCACAUCCAGCGUUGAGUUCUAUUAGGUAUGCUUAAUAGUCACUCCAAAUGUAAUUGAUAUCCGUUAAAUCAACUAAAAUAAUACCAUGGACACCAAAAUAAAGAUGCUUGCAAAGCAAAUUUGUUGCAUGGUAUGCAUGCGUUACAAAUACAGUCGAAA